AGUUUAGUAAUGGUGGGUUCACGCAGAGCUGCUAAGAACUAAGAGCAAUCUAAUAGACAGGGUGUUUUAGUUCUUAGCAGAGCUGUAUUAAUGAACCCACCCUUAAUUACUGUUGAAGACGUAGAUCAUAAUGGGACAAAUCUUUCAUCACAUCCUGACCGCUUCUGAACGUACUCAAUCCACUCAUAUUUUUGGUGGUUUCACCGGUCGUCAAACAACACUUGAGAUGAUCUGACAAAAAGGAGAUGAGUGUCAAAUUGACGUGGCAAAAAGUGUUGCAGGAUCGAAAAACAUGGUAGAUUUCCAGAAGAUCUGCGCUUAUCUCCCUAAAGAUGUUUACAGGGAAACCCGUUUCUAUAGGACUUCCAAAAGAUUCGUCAGAGAUGUAGAGACAGCUCCAGUUCGAGAAGAAAAACAGAUCAACGUUCAUUCUACGGCUGCAUCGUGCGAGGAAGAUUGUUUUUGUGUCAACCAGAAGCUAGCAAGGCGUAGAAGAAGGGCUCUACUCGAUUUGGAAUCUUUAACAAUGCAGAAAAAAGAACUUCUCGAUCGAGAAGAUGAUUUUCAACAACGUUUCAUAGAGUUUAACGAGCUUAUAAUCCAGAAUGAUCAAAAAAAGGAACGCGCCGCUACACGUCUGGAAGAAUUUCGGAGUUAUGUUAAGGAACAAAAGGUCAAGAUUAAAGAUAUGCUACAUAAGGUCAUGGAGUAUAGAAUGCUGAAGGACAAGUUGAUCAAAGAAAUUGGGAAGCAUCGUAUUUACGAGGAAUACAUAGAAUCCGCAUUGUACGAGUUUGGUCGUAAAGCUACAGUUGAUGAUGCUAUAACAAGGUAUAGGAGUUUAGAGUCGAAAAAACGAUUUCUGAUGUCUAGAAACGUAGCCAUGAACAGCAAGAUAAAAGAGACCUAUGAAAAAACUCUGAUCAUCAUGGAAGAUAAGUGCCAGAAGAUUAUGCAUAUGAAGGGACACAUAUCUAGAAUUGUGUUGAGAUAUGGCGAAGCCGUCAAGAGAACAUCUGAGCUGGAAUGCUUGAUUGCUAGUUUGAAGGACUUUUGUGCCAUCAGGCUUGAGGAUUUAGUGUUAUCAGUCCAAGGUAUAAAGAACUUGAACGAGUUCAUGCGAACGAGACGUUCUUUGCAGAAAAUAUCUAUCGAGCACUACAAAGGACAGUCAGAUGAUAUGGCCAUGGUGUUUCACCAAAUUGUAGACAUCAAAGAUACAAUGAGGUACAUGGCCAACAUUCUGGAAAAUUUGGAGAUGCGUUCGAAGGUAGUGAGAAAAUUGUGGAGGAAAGGGGGACACACUGUAGCCGUACUAUGAAUCCUUUCCAAUAAUAUAUAUUUUAUACAGUUUAUUAUAAUAAGAUAUACAAAUAUAUUUUUACGUUUUUAACACGAAGAAUGCUGUG